UCCAACCUGCCCUGCGCUGACUCCCAUUACACAAGACACACCUCCCACCGCAGCCCCACCACUCCCUGACACAGACCCCGCCUGCUUUUUCGGGCAGAACAACCCUGGAUACAGUCAGCAUGUCCUGUUCAAACAAGCCAGCUUUCUAUUAACUCAGAUAGGGAAGGGUAGUGAAGGGCAGAAACGCUGGGCGACUGGCAUUCAUGGUGUCAAAACAGUUUUGCAGCCAUUUUUCUUCCGUGGAGCCUGAGGAACUGAGGGGCAGGCUGGUUGCUGUGUGAGUCAGUGUCAUCUUACAUCCUGCAAUCAGUCUCAGUGCUGGAGACACGGCAGUAAACUGUGAGGCGGCAACACUGGAUGGACAGAACAUGGGGUCAGAUGAGGCCUACAACUUUGUCUUUAAGGUGGUUCUGAUAGGAGAAUCUGGUGUAGGAAAGAGCAAUCUGUUGUCUCGCUUCACCAAAAACGAGUUCAACCAUGACAGUCGCACGACCAUCGGGGUGGAGUUCAGCACAAGGACGGUGCAGCUCAGCGGCUUCACCAUCAAGGCCCAGAUCUGGGACACAGCCGGGUUGGAACGAUAUCGGGCCAUCACUUCUGCGUAUUACAGAGGUGCUGUUGGAGCCCUGCUGGUCUAUGACAUCACCAAACACCUUACCUACGACAGUGUUGAUCGCUGGCUGAAGGAGCUGUACGACCACGCCGACCCCCAUAUUGUGGUCAUGCUGGUGGGCAACAAGACUGACCUGGAGUCAGAGCGAUCCGUGCCCACAGAGGAGGCUCAAGGUUUUGCAGAAAAGAAUGGUCUUUUGUUCCUGGAGACCUCUGCUUUGGAGUCAACUAAUGUGGAGGCAGCAUUCAACAACGUCCUAGCAGAGAUUCACAGGAAGGUGAGCAGUAAGGAAGUGGUUCGGGGCUCCAUCAGUGCUGUGUCCUUGAACAGCUCCAGAACAGAAAACACAGAGGAGCAGAAGCCCUGCUGCAGAAACAUCUGACCACAAGAUCCUCGAGGAGCUCAGGGGCUUCAGGUCGGGUGACAGAUGAACUCCUCCUUCACCCACAGCACUGUACUAGAGCUCGGCGAGAGGCUGGCGGAACAGCAAACUGCGAAUGCCAAUAUUAAUGGUCCUGACUUAAGUGCCACUUUGAAAAUGACUGAUUUACAAGUUUCACAAGCUUCAUGGUGGCAUAUUCAAAAAGGUGAUUCAUAUACGUGAACGAAAGUAGCUGAGGACCACCAUCAAUCUUUUAAGAGUCUCUUGCUCACUGCUGAGCAUAGGUCAAAAGUAAAACCGUGUUCCCUGUGAGAUGAUAUGUGUAAUCAAUGCAGAUAAUUCAGAUGUAAAUGGCACAUUGGCGAUUUUUGUAUGUACGGACUGUGAGUCUUGUCGCUGCUGUGUGUGUGUGUACUCCAGCUGAUGACCAAGGAUGAGUCUGACUUCAUUUCUUUUUGAAAAAUAAACAAUUUAUGGAGAAAGUU